AUGUUAUAAGGAGAAGCAAAUUUUGCUGAAAAGAGACAAUUGAGAAGAGCAAGAACUAAUUUUGAGAAUGAAAUGUAAAUUUUAUAUUUAUUGAUAAAGGGAUGAUGGGAUGAAUGAAUAAAUGACUUGUUAUGAAAAUGUUUUAAAUUGUUUUGGAUCCUUUUUUGGAACUUUAAGAGCUUGGUUACCAUGUUGUUGUUGUUUUUGUCCAUAUCCUUAUUAUGAAAUAACCUAAGGGUAAAAAGGAUUGUUAUAAAAAUUUGGAAAAUAUCAAAGAACUUUGGAACCUGGACUACAUGAAUUCAAUCCGUAAUUAAUUAAUAUUGAUUUCUUAGUUUUACAGAUAGAAUUAUUCCUGUAAGCACAAAGACAUUGUAAAACAAUCAAUUUAAUAUUUAAGUAUCAUCGAUUUAGAAAGAUAACUAAUUUUGUCUAAAGACAAUAUUACUGUUAAUAUUGAUACUAUUGUAUAUUACAGAAUUGUUGAUGUGUGUAGAUCAGCUUAUAGAGUUAAAAAAAUUGUUGAAGCAGUUAAGGAAAUAACUUUUGCAGUAAUAAUUUAUUAAUUUUCAGACUCUUAGAACAGUUGCUGGUGAACAUACAUUAUAGGAUAUUAUUGAGAACAGAUAAAAGAUUGCUGAUGAAAUAGAAGGAUUCGUAUUUGAUGUUGUUUCAGAAUGGGGUAUCAGAUUUUGUUAAUUUCAAUAUAGGAAUCUAUUUAGAACAUAUUUUUAUCAAAGAUAUGUAAAUGGGAGAAGAAUUAUAAGCUUCCCUUUCUAAUGCUCCUAAGGCUUAAAGACUUGCUUAGUCGAAAAUCAUUUCAGCAAAAGUACUAUUUUAUAUAAAUAAAAAGAGUGACGUUGAAGCUGCUAAACUUAUGAGAGAAGCUGCUGAUAUGUUGGAUUCCAAAGCAGCUAUGUAAAUUAGAUAUUUUGAAACUAUUUAAUAAAUUGCCAAAAACAAAAAUCCAAAAAUAUUGUUCCUGUCUAUGGAUUAAACUUCAAAAAAAUGA